ACCACUUCUUCACACUCAUCGCAUAACAUCGCCGUGAAUUUGACAAUGUCGUUGAACCUACUUCUCUUCCCUUACUUCGUCCUCAUCUCUCUCAUCCUCUCCGGCUUCGCGUCCUCUCAGACAUUACCCAAAGAAGAAGUGGAUGCUUUAAGAGCCCUAGCGACGGCGUUGAAGAAAAGUAGCUGGAAUUUCAAUGUCGAUCCAUGCGACCUCACAUCAUCUGACGGUGGUUGGAGAAAUCUUAACGCCACCAGCAAACAAUUUGCAGACACCGUUACUUGUAACUGCUCCUCCACCGUUUGCCAUGUCACCAGCAUAGUUCUCAAGGCACAGAGCCUCCAAGGAUUUCUUCCUAAAGAGUUUGCAGGACUUCCUUUUCUGCAAGAGAUUGAUCUAUCUAGAAACUAUCUCAACGGUUCCAUUCCUCCCGAAUGGGGAACCCUGCCACUUGUAAACCUCUCACUGCUUGCAAACCGGAUAAGCGGUUCCAUACCGAAAGAGAUUGGAAACAUUACAACCCUUAAGACCCUUACCUUGGAAUCUAAUCAGAUCUCAGGGAACUUGCCUCCAGAGCUCGGGAACCUAAAUAACAUUGAAAUAAUCCUUCUUGGCACGAACUACUUGACUGGGGACAUCCCAAGUACAUUUUCCAAACUUACUACGUUGACUGAUUUCCGUAUAAGUGACAACCAGUUUACCGGAACUAUACCAGAUUUCAUCCAGAACUGGACAGAACUUCAAAAACUAACUAUUCAAGCAAGUGGUUUAGUUGGACCGAUUCCUAGUGCCAUUGGUACUCUUGUGAAGUUAACAAACUUGAGAAUCAGUGACUUGAACGGACCUAGUUCUCCAUUUCCACCACUACAAAACAUGACAUUGAUAACGACAUUGAUUCUUAGGAACUCCAAUCUCACAGGAGAAUUGCCUGAUUAUCUUGGAUCAAUGACAACAUUAAAGCACUUAGAUCUUAGCUUUAACAAACUAAGUGGACCAAUCCCAGAAACAUAUAGCGCUCUUUGGAAUGUAGAUUUCAUAUAUUUUACAAGUAACAUGUUGAACGGGGAAGUACCAAGGUGGAUGGUAGAAAGAGGAGACAAUAUUGAUCUUACUUACAAUAACUUCUCCAAAGAUCAAACAACUAAAGAAUGUUGGACGCGUAAUGCGAAUAUGUUUUCAAGCACAACCACAAGCCCUUUAGCGGCAAAUAACUACUCAAACGUUGCUUGUAUGAGUUGCUACAUAUGUCCUGAGACAUUUUAUGGCCUUCAUAUAAACUGUGGUGGUGAUGAACUUACAGUCAACGGGACUAUGUAUGAUUCGGAUACAUGGGAGAAACCAUUCCGUGACGGUAGUCGAACCGGUUGGGUUUCUAGCAACACCGGGAACUUCUUGGAUGAUGAACGGGAUCUCAAAGUACCAACCUUAUGGACAAAUACAUCAGACCUUAAGACAGCAGAGCCUAGUCUUUACACACAGGCCCGUCUCUCGGCCAUUUCCCUCACUUACUUAGCAUUGUGUCUUGGAAACGGAAGCUAUACAGUUAAACUUCAUUUCGCUGAAACUAUGUUCAGUGACAAUGAAACCUAUAGCAGUUUGGGGAGACGAUUCUUUGACAUAUAUGUUCAGGGUAAACUUGUGGUUAAGGAAUUUGAUAUUGUGAGUGAGGCAAAAGGUGCUGGAAGAGUUGUGGUUAAGAGUUUUCAAGUUAUGAUUACAAAUGGGAUGUUGGAAAUAAGAUUGUUUUGGGCUGGUAAAGGAACUCAAGCUAUUCCUGUAAGAGGUUCAUAUGGCGUUUUCAUAUCAGCUGUAUCGGUAGAUCCAAAUUUCAAUGUUGGUGGAACCUCUAUUGGCAUAAUAGUUGGUGCUGCAGUCGCUUCGCUGGUGUUUCUUGUGCUUCUAAUCGUUGGUAUUUUAUGGUGGAGAGGUUGCUUUAGACCCAAGAGUCAGAUGGAGAAAGAUUUCAAGAACUUGGAUUUCCAGAUUAGUUCCUUCUCCUUGAAGCAAAUCAAAGAUGCUACAAACAACUUUGUUCCAACAAAUAAGAUAGGAGAAGGUGGCUUUGGUCCUGUACACAAGGGAAAGCUAACUAAUGGAACUUUAAUCGCGGUGAAGCAGCUGUCGUCUAAAUCAAACCAAGGGAACAGAGAGUUCUUGAACGAGAUUGGUAUGAUCUCUGCUCUAGAGCAUCCACAUUUGGUUAAACUAUACGGAUGCUGCGUGGAAGGUGGCCAGCUCUUGCUAAUCUACGAGUACUUAGUAAACAACAGUCUCGCAAGAGCACUUUUCGGUCCUCUAGAGACUCAAAUACGACUAGACUGGCCGAUAAGGCAGAAGAUCUGCGUUGGAAUAGCCAGAGGAUUAGCUUACCUCCACGAGGAAUCAAGACUCAAGAUUGUACACAGAGACAUCAAAGCUACUAAUGUCUUGCUGGACAAGGAACUAAACCCGAAGAUUUCAGAUUUCGGUCUUGCUAAGCUUGAUGAACAGGAAAAUACACACAUGAGCACAAGAGUCGCAGGAACCUAUGGAUACAUGGCUCCAGAGUAUGCGAUGAGAGGUCAUUUGACAGAUAAAGCAGACGUCUACAGCUUUGGCGUCGUGGCUCUAGAGAUCGUUCAUGGAAGAGGCAACACGAGCGCACGUUCCAAAGCCGAGACCUUCUACCUUCUUGACUGGGUACACGUUCUAAGGGAGCAAAACAUGCUGAUGGAAGUAGUAGACCCGAGGCUUGGAACAGACUACAACAGAGAAGAAGCAAUGAAGAUGAUCCAGAUUGGUAUCCUCUGCACCAGUCUAGUUCCGUCGGACAGACCGUCGAUGUCGACGGUGGUGAGCAUGCUCGAAGGACACUCCACGGUGGAUGUUGAGGAGCUUCUUGAAACUUCGUUCAGUAGGGGAAAUGAGAAAGACGAAGAGAGCGUGAGGGCGAUGAAGAGGCAUUUCGCGAUGAUAGGUGGACAGGAGACGACGAAUGUGACUGAGCCUACUAGAACCAACGACGGACCAUUCACUUCGUCGUCUUCGUCCACGGCCGACGCCGGUGAUCUUUACCCUGUUAAGCUUGACUCUGCUUACUGGAACUCUAGAGUUUGAUCAUGGAUUAUGUUUUUGCAAGAAACAAAACAACAAUUAAAUUA